CCCCGAGUGGUCGACCCUAUUUGGCAGACGCGAUGAAGAAGUUCACGAUCAAGGGUGUACUCGAUGGGUUCCGGUCGUCGGUCCCGCAACCCGUCAAGCCCGACCAAGAGAUCGUCGAGAACCUGAGGCCGGAGCACUUUCAAGUUAAGAAGACAUUCAGACACGGCUUCCCGCAUCAGCCGACAGCAUUGGCAUUCGACCCAGUUCAAAGGCUCCUAGCUAUUGGCACUAAAUCAGGAUCCCUCAGAAUUUUGGGUAGACCGGGCGUAGAUGCACACGUUAAGCACGAGGGAUGUGCGGCUGUAAUACAAUUACAGUUCUUGAUCAACGAAGGGGCAUUAGUGUCGGCUACGGCGGACGACACCGUGCAUUUAUGGAACUUCCGUCAGAAGAUACCGCAGGUGGUGCAAAGUCUCAAAUUUCAAAGAGACAGAAUCACUUGCAUUCACCUACCGCUUCAAAGUAAAUGGUUGUAUGUCGGGACGGAACGAGGAAAUAUUCACAUACUGCAUAUUGAAACGUUCGUUUUAUCCGGAUAUGUAAUUAACUGGAACAAGGCUAUUGAAGUAUCUAGAAAGACCCAUCCUGGUGCUGUAGUACACUUGAGUGAUAAUCCUUUAGAUUUGAGCAAGAUGCUUAUAGGAUACACGACAGGGCAGAUUGUUUUGUGGGACUUAAAAACCAAAAAUGCUGACUAUAGGUGUCAAACAGACGAUCCAUUGAAAUCGAUAACAUGGCACCAUGAAGGUAAACAAUUUAUGUGCAGUCACACGGAUGGUUCACUAUCGACUUGGACUGUUCGACAGUUAAAGCCGGCAAAUGUAACAUAUCCACACGCGAAAUCCACUAAAGACGGAGAACCUGAACUUUGCAAACCCAUUCAAAAAGUAGAGUGGAAAUUGUCGAGAUCAGGGGAAGCAUAUGUGAUAUUUUCUGGUGGAUUGGCAUACGAUACCACUGGAAGAACACCUAGCAUUACAGUGAUACAUGGAAAAACUACUACGGUGCUCGAAAUGGAACAUAAUGUUAUAGACUUUGUAACACUGUGUGAUAGUCCAUGGGCUAGUGAUUUUCAAGAUCCUUACGCUGUUGUUGUUCUACUACAAAAUGAUCUGGUUGUGAUAGAUUUGUUAACUCCUGGAUUCCCCUGUUUCGAGAAUCCGUAUCCUAUGGAUAUUCACGAAUCUCCUGUAACAUGUUGCGCAUAUUUCGCGGAUUGUCCUUCGGAUCUGGUACCUGCAUUUUAUUCCGUUGGAUCCAAGUCACAAAAGAAAACCGGCUUUAGCGAGAAAGAAUGGCCUAUUUCUGGUGGAGAAUGGAGUUCUAGUUCCAGCAGUUAUAACGAGAUUAUUCUUACUGGGCAUGCCGAUGGCAGUAUAAAGUUCUGGGACGCCUCAGCGGGAACGUUACAAGUCCUUUACAAACUAAAGACGGCGAAACUUUUCGAAAAGACUAGAACGCGUAGUAUAGACUCCGAGGAAGACCCGUUAGCAAUUCAACUUAUCUUCCUUUGUCCUGAAAGUCGAAAAUUAGCUAUUGCGGGAAGCGGCAAACAUGUCGUAUUGUUUAAAUUUAAGAAGGUGGAGAGUAUGUCUGAAGUGGUGACUUUGGAAAUAUGCUUAUCAGUGGAUCCAGGAAAAGAAGCGGAUAAUUCGCCGGAUCGUGAAUCUCCUGCAACUGGAAACACCGUGGGAAAUGUGGAAUCAAAAAAUACAGAUUUCAAUCAUCCGCUCAAGAUUAAAACGGGUCUGCAAAAGAGAGCUGCUGGUUUUCAAGCAACAUUGAUUUGUUUAACAACGGCACCCAGUGGAGAACAACCGGAAAAUAUAACAUCUCUUAGCUUAAAUUCUUCAUACGGCCUAUUGGCCUAUGGAAACGAAUCAGGGUUAGUGAUAGUAGACAUCGUACAGAAGAUUUCUUUAAUUGUAUUAAACACCAGUGAUCUUGGAGGUGGCUCUGAUCCUUAUCAACGCGUCUUACGCAGUCCCAAACGGCAGGACGACUUAAGACGAGAAAAUGAAGACAAGGCCAGAAGUCCAAGUACAGACCAGAGUCAACGAGAAUCCGCGAUGGAAUCCGAGCCAGUAGUUACAAGGAUAGCAGAUUCAACUCAACAAGUGUCUCUUCCGAAUGAGAGUCAGACCGGAAACAAUAGCGAUAAAUCGAGUGGGGAGGAAUCUACGAACGAACACAAUAAAACGGGAAACGACGACGAGUGUCAAAAAAUUCAAGGUUGGAAGGGAUUUAGUCUCAAGAGACAACUGAGCAAGGUUGAUCUGAAGAUCAAAAAUACUUUUACACCAUCUUUGGUGUCUUCUCAGAAUGGGAGCUCGUCAUCGGGGCUCAUGCAAGUACCCCAAUGUCAGCAGACAAGCGGCGAUACUGGCAGUCAAAAGUCUUCCACAUUUUACUGCAAUAUCAACGAAACGGCCAGCACGAGUCGUUCGCUGUCACCGGUCGAAAGUGUCGACUCUGAAUCCUCUUUGUCACCGGAGAAUCAGUCUCCGGGACACGAGAGUCCUCAGAUCGACGACAGGAAGGGAGAAAUGCAAGAGGCUAGAAGCCCUACGAACGAAAACGAGAACGAGAAAAUGAUAAUAAACGACGGCAAUAUCGGUGUAAAAACCGAAGUAGUGAGACCGAUGAAUCUAUCUUUGCCUGAAAACGAGCUAAAACCGCCGCGAUUGAAACGUAUCGCCAAGAUCAAGCAGGUAAAGAGAGAAAGCCGCUUACUCUCGGUGCCGAAUCUGAAAUUUUCCAAGAACGAGACGACCGUUUGUGACCUAAGAUGCGAAGAGAACGCUACCUCCGAAUCAUUCACCUGCAAUCUUAUAAGAAGAUUCAGUCGGGUAGACAAAUUCGACGGUUCCUUCCAACGAUCAAGGAGCUCGAGUAUGUCGUCCCUCGAAAAUAUCACCACAGAAACCAUAAGCUGCCUUACAUUUGCGGAUUCUUAUACGAAAAAAAAUGAUACGAACGGCAUGCCAACUUUAUGGAUUGGCACGUCUCUGGGAUCUGUACAGACUGUUGUAUUCAAUACACCUGCCCAUGGCGAACGUCAUGCUCAUCCAGUGGUUGUGUCUACUUGUAAUGGAUCUACUUUCAAACUCAAGGGUUGUAUCCUAUCCAUGUCAUUCUUAGAUUGCAACGGCGCUCUGAUUCCAUAUUCAUUCGAGUCUUGGAAAGACGAAAACACGGAUGGCAAAGAACGCAACAAGAGUCAAGUUAAAUGUACAAAUAGCCGAAUGUCACCGUCGGCGAACACGCAAGUCAGCGGGGAUAAUUUUGAAGACAGACAAUUUGUUGUGCUUGCAUCGGAAAAGCAAGCGAGAGUUGUAGCGUUACCCUCCCAAAACUGUGUAUAUAGACAACAGCUGGCGGAUACUCAUAUCGUAAUUAAAGCAGAGGUUACAUCACUGAAAGAAAAUGUCUGUCUGGUAUGUUAUGUUUCCAAUGGUCACAUCACGACGUACAGUCUGCCUAGUCUUAGACCGCUGAUAGACGUUGAUUUUCUACCUCUUAUAGACUUGAGUUUUCAGACUACAAAACAUGGCAUUGUAGACCCCAUGUUGAGCAUAUGGGGUCAUCAACUCUUUGUUAAUGGCGAUACCGAUCAGAUCGCAAAGACGCUUUGCUUCAGCAAUCGAGGCCAUGGUUUAUAUCUUUCUUCACCUAUGGAAAUUCAGAAGUUUUCCGUUUCGAGUGAAUUCUGCGCUGAAUUGACGGAGAUGAUGGGUGAUUUAUUUAUCGGUCAUGAUAUGCCAGAACCGCCUAAAGAAGGUUUCUUUAAAGGUUUAUUCGGUGGAGGUUCGAGAAGUCUUGACCGAGAGGAGCUGUUCGGGGAAUCUAGCGGUCGUGCAUCGCGCACAGUAGCGAAACACAUUCCAGGACCAAACGACGCUAUUCGAGAGCGAGUAACUAGCGCAACGGGAGAAGUAAAUAUAGCACAUCAAAUGGUUGUGGAGCGCGGCGAGAAGCUAUCGCAGCUCGAGGAACGAUCUGCGCGCAUGAUGUCGGAGGCUGAGAACUUUUCGCAAGGCGCUCAUGGAUUGAUGCUCAAGUAUAAAGAUAAGAAAUGGUACCAGCUAUGAGGACGUAAUUUGGCCCGAGCCCGGUGAAAUGACACAUGUUUCUUUAAUUAUUAUUUAGCGUUCAUGUUUCUCGUCUAUGAGUUUUGUCGUAUUAAGAAACUAAAAGUUAGACGCGUAUUACGGUCCUCACACACGCACACACGAGAAACAUCUACACGAAUGAGAGAGGGAUAAGGAUAUAUUAUAUGUACAUCUCAUUUGCGAUCACCUGUGCGACGCACACGGAACACGCGCACAUUCUGUAACGAGAAAAAGAUAAGCGCGAAAAAAUAUAUUUCAAAGCGAAUAAUUAUAGCGAUUAUUUCCCAAA